GAAAGAAAAAUUGUAAGGAAUCUAAAGGAAGUCAGUGGUAAGUCGUCAAUGUUCUUGAGCAGCAAGCAAGAUUUUCUGAAAUGGCGACUCUGUAACCCCACCCCCACGAAACUAAACAAGGGUUUUAGCUAAUCCUCAACAGUAGCAUCCAUUUUGUCACCUUACACACACACACACACACACACACACACACACAAACACAAAAUCGAAUUUUCUUAUAAACCCUAAAGUUAAUAUGAGAGAAGAGGAAAGCGGGCCGCAAAACAGGGAGCUAUAUGCAUUGCUACACAUAUCUCCAGAAGCUUCGGAUGAAGAAAUCAGAAAAGCUUAUCGUCAAUGGGCUCAAAUAUAUCACCCUGAUAAAUAUCAAGCUGCCGAGAUGAAGGAAAUUGCAACAGAGAAUUUUCAACGAAUAUGUGAAGCUUAUGAAAUUUUGUCGGAUGAGAAUAAAAGACAAAUAUAUGACAUAUAUGGUAUGGAAGGGGUUAAUUCUGGUUUGGAACUUGGUACUAAGCUGAACAAAGCUGAAGAGAUCAAGGAAGAACUUGAAAAACUACGUCGUCAGAAGGAACUUCAAAAGGUUGCGGCACAUCUCCGACCUUCUGGGUCAAUUUUGGCAAAUCUGUCAUUGCCACAGUUUUUAGAGGGUGAUGGCAUUAUGAAAGGGAUGGCUAUGGCUAGUGAAGUCCAGUCCCAGAUGUCCAAACACAAUGCUGUUGCCAUUGGUGGAAAUCUGGCGGUUAAUGGGAAUGCUGGUGGUGGUGCUGCAUCUGUUGUUUUUAGGCAUCAAAUGUCAUCAGUUUCUUCGAUAGAGUUUAUGGGGUCGAUGGGUUUGAGAGCAUUACUAGGAGUACAGACAACUCGUCAUAUAUCUACUCACUCUACGGCAACAAUGGGUCUUGCCAUGUCCUUAAGAGAUGGUUCUGUUAAUCUCUCCAACACAUGGACUCGCCAGCUCUCUGACACCGCUCAUGGAAAUAUACAGCUUUCAUUAGGUCCAGAGUCAUCUAUAGCUGUUGGAUGGCAGAAGAAGGAGCAGAAAAGGUCUGCUUCUGGAGAAAUCAAGAUAGGGACAGGGUCAUUUGGUGCAACUGCUCAUUACACCCACCGCUUUUCCACAAAAUCUCAUGGGCGUAUUGCAGGCAGAAUCGGAAGUACUGCACUUGAACUUGAAUUGGGCGGUGGAAGAAAAAUAUCUGAAUUCAGUACCGUUCGGAUGCUGUACACUGUAGGAAUUCAGGGGAUCUUUUGGAAGUUCGAGUUACAUCGUGGGGGCCAAAAGUUGAUUGUUCCCGUAUUGCUUUCUAGACAGUUGAACCCUUUUUUUGCCACUGGAGCAUUUGUGAUUCCGACUUCACUGUAUUUUGUACUGAAGAGAUUUGUUGUGAAACCUUUUUAUCUUAAGCGGGAAAAGCAGAAGGCAUCAGAGAAUAUGGAAAAAACUCUUGGCCAGGUCCGGGAGGCAAGGGCAGCAGCUAAGAAAGCUCAGCAACUAUUGCAAAAUGUGGCCAGUAGGAAAAGAAGUAGACAACUAGAAACAGGUGGACUGGUUGUUACAAAAGCACUUUAUGGUAGCCGUAAAGCUCUGAAGAACAGAAGUCAAAAAGAGGAAGUAAAAGAUGAAGUGGCUUCACAAAUCAUUGAUGUCACUCUACCUUUAAAUUUUCUUGUGAGCGAGUCCGCGCAACUAAAGCUACACGAGGGUGUAAAGAAAUCAGGAAUUAUGGGCUUUUGUGAUCCUUGUCCUGGAGAACCUAAGCAAUUGUAUGUGGAGUACACCUUUGAUGGUAACAACUUCGAGGUCAUUGUUGAUGAUUUGGAUGAGUUGCUUAUACCUCAAGAUUCACACAGAAUUUGAUGUCAUUAGAGCUGAUGAGUUGCUGUUUUGUUGAUUAGUAGGAGCUGCCAAUAAGCCAUUUCAGUGCACUACAUAGAUAGAUCUAAGGCUGUUGAUUCCUCGAAAUGAGUAAGAUAGUCAAUUGGAGUAAUUUAAGGCAACCAAUAAAGACUUGGUUACCUCUUCAAAUGUUGCAUCAUUUGCUAUGCCUCUGAGCUACUUUGUUCAAUGUUUCAACCCCUCGCUCCCCUUCUCGUCAUCCUAACCUUCUGAAACAACAGGAAUAAGAUGGGGAGAAAGUAGCAGAAAGGAUACGUUCCUCCUUACCCUCCAAAACCAACAGGAACGCAACACACACACAGCCUUAGAAAUGUUUAAAUGGGACGCAGCUCCUUAAAGUUUUGGUUAUCAAUUUUUUUAAAACAAAAUUACUACUGAGUGUAUUCUAUUUUGACAAAAUAAAGGCAGUCUAGUGAUAUGUUAUUCUUUUAACAUUGACUAUUUGAUAGAUUCCUUAACAUUUCUUGCAUA